UAAGGAGGAUAAAGAUAGUUCUUGCACGGAAAAAAUAAUCUAAAAUCUGCCUCUCGAAAUAUCUAGAGAUGACGAAUGUCGUGGUGAUUUCUUCAUGUCUGAUUGGAACGACAAGCAUGGAUGCAGCUCCCAAUCCCAUGUCAAGAUUAGAUCUAACUCCGUGGGAUCUGCAAAUACUCCAACUCAACCCUAUGCAGAGAGGUCUUUUCUUUCGUAAGCCAGAAUUUGACCAAACUUCGCUUAUUCUCCGCCUCAAAAACUCAUUUUCCCGCGCUCUCGACUUCUUCCCACCCCUCGCCGGCCGCCUCGCCGCAGAUCCUGCCGCCGAUAACUCGUUUUACUACUUCCUCGACUGCAACAACGCCGGAGCCGAAUUCAUCUACGCAGACGCCUCCUCUCUUUCCAUUUCUGACAUCUUGGGAUCCAAAUACAUACCGGAGACAGUAUCCGAUCUCUUCCCACUGGGCGAAUACUGCAACUCCGACGGCCUCUCCAAGCCUCUGUUGGGCGUGCAAGUCACUCAGCUCGCCGACGGAGUCUUCCUCGGCUUCACCGCCAAUCACGCCGUCGUGGACGGUGUCUCUCUCUGGCAUUUCAUCAACUCCUGGUCCGAGCUGUCGCGUGGUUCUGCCACGAUAUCCAAACUCCCUGUUUUCGACCGUUGGUUCCCGACCAGCAACCGCCUUAUCCCUCUCCCGCCCUUGGAUAAAAUCCGGUACCCUCCGCCUCCAUUACUGGCGAGGCUUUUCCACUUCAGCAAGGAGAGUUUAGGAAAGCUGAAAUCGAAAGCCAAUUCCGAAGCCGGCAGCGAUAAAAUCUCGACUCUGCAAGCACUCUCCGCUCAUCUAUGGCGGACCACAACUCGCAGCCGGAAUCCGCACGGUGCGGACGAGGAGGUUCGCAUCUUGAUGGCGAUCGGCGCGAGGGCGAGGAUACCUCUGCCGGAGGGCUACUUCGGCAACGCGUUCAACGGUUCUUCGGCGUCGAUGAGUGCGUGGGAGCUGGUGGAGAGAGGGUUGGGGCACGCGGCGAGGAAGAUCAACGAGCAUGUUGCUGCGCAGGGCGGCGAAGCGGUUGUCAAAACGGUAGAGAGUUGGGUGAGGAAUCCUGUGCUAUUUGGGGGUUUUCCUCCGCCGAAAAGAAGCACUGGGGUGAUGAUUGCGAGCUCGCAUCGGCAUAAUGUGUAUGUCAACGAUUUUGGAUGGGGAAAGCCGAUUGCCGCCCUGAGUGGGACCAUUGAGCGGUUUGAUGGGAAUAUCAAACUUUAUCCGGCCGCCGCGGAUGGCGGAAUCGACGUGGAAGUUUGCUUAGCGCCGGAGACGAUGCAGGCGAUGGAAGAUGAUGCCGAGUUUCUGGAAACCAUAUCUAUCUAAAAAUUCAAUAUUUUUACUAUAUUUCCGAUAUAUUUCAGCAUUUUUUCCACCGCUGCUACAAAGUUAGGAACACUAUACACAUAAUAAUAGUAUACCUACUAUAAUUGUCACUCUUAAA